AUGACACCUUUUGUCAAUCCUCAGACUCCAGAACAAUUGGCUUACAAUAACCUUUUUAAAAGAGAGAGGGUAAUUAUCGAACGAUGUUUUGGGCAGUUGAAGCAACGAUUUCCAAUAUUACAAAACAUAAUUCGAUUAUCACUUGCUUCAGUUCCAACAAUUAUUAUUGCAUGUUUCAUAUUACAUAACGUAGCAAAAUUUCUGAAUGAUGAUGCACUAGAUGAUGUCGAUGAUGAUGAAAAUAAUGAAAAAGAUGGCGAAUGUGGAGAAGCUGAAGCAAAUGAAGAUGAUAUAAAUAAUUUUAGAUUAUUAGGGCAAAAUAAAAGAAACAGAUUGGCUGAACUGAUAUAUUCCCAGAUUAUAAUUUAA